AACCAGCAAGAAUCCAAACCGCUAUCAAUAUCAAGAACAAAGCAGUUACGUACAUUGAUGGUAACUGGUGCUUUGAAGAUCAAUGGCGGACAUGCAAAUUGUUGUGGCUUGCAAGAAUGUGGAAGCACAGUACGUGGAGAUGAUGGUGCCUCUCUACUCUUAUGGGUGUGAAAAGAAAAUAAAAAAGACCUUAUCCCAUCUCAAAGGGAUAUAUUCUGUACAAGUGGAUUAUAAUCAACAAAAGGUGACUGUAUGGGGAAUUUGUAACAAGUACAAUGUGCUAGCAACCAUAAGGAGCAAGAGAAAAGAAGCACGGUUUUGGAAUUCAGACGACAAUAUUGCAUUAGAAGAAUCGUCACCGCAAUCACCGUUGCCUUCGGAUCGUUCGAGAGACUCGAAGCCUUCUUUGGCUUUGACUAGGGUUCGGUCUCUAACCUUGAAAGCGUGGAAGAAGGUAUUUACUAGAUCCUAUUCCUUCUGAAGGAAAACUCAAUGUAGAUGGAGAAUGAGUGUAAAUUUGGCAGAAUACAUUGCUUAUCUCGUAUGUAAAUAAUCUCUUUUUCAAGCAUUUUGACUCUCUUUAUAAACAGAAUUUGGUGA